GUCUAUCCGGGAAGCAUGUCCCUCUGUUUGGGGAAACACCGUAAACAAACCGAGUCUGCUCAGCCUGAAGCCGCGUUUCCUCUUUGGCUAAAAACAAAAACACAGCGAACACCGUCUGUUUAAUUUAAGGCACGCUGAUCUGUGUGUGGUCGUGUGAGUCUGCCGGAGCAGCACAGUCUUCACACUGUGUGUGUGUGUGUGUGACCCGGAGAAAGAAAGAGGACGUCCAGGCUUUGACUUUUUUUUGUUUUUUUAUUUAUAUUUCUUCUUCUUAUUUUGCAGAUUGCAUUGAGUAAUCAUGUCUGAUUUAAUCCUGGUGCUCCUGUUAGUCGUGCUCCUGGUGUGUUUGCUUCUCACUAUCAUUGGCUUCCUGCUGUACUCUGGACUCCUGUCUGACGUGAUUAUAAAGACUGGGCCACCUCCUAUCAAAAAUGUGACCAUUGCUUAUAAAUUCAAAGAGGGAUCAUACAAGGAGUGCGGUGCAGCCUACACAGAGAGCUGCAGCAUUGGGCCCAAACUCAGCUCCAUCGGUGUCUUCUACGAUGACCCCAAGCAGAGGCCAUCGGAGAAAUGUCGUUACGUGGUUGGCAGCGUCCUGUGCGAGGGUGAAGAGAAGCCAGACGAAGAACUGCAGAAGCUGUACGAGAAGUUUGGCUUUAAGGUGUUUUCUCUGCCUGAAGUGAGCCACGCUGUGACCACCAGCUUCCCUUGCACCACCCCUCUGUCUUACGUGCUGGCACCUUACAGGGUCUAUCCCAGACUCGCUUCCUACAUCGAGGAGAGGAAGCUGUGCGCGUUCCCAAUGAUUGAGAUCUGUAGUUCAGAUGUCACCAACUAUAUGGUUCCCCUAUCUCGCCAGACGGACUUCUUUGUUCCAGAGAUGAAGGAGGACGUCAAAACAGACGUUAAAGAAGAGGACUCUGACGAGGACAGAGGAACUGACAUUACAGGUGCAGACUCCCACAGUGAUGUGAGUUCAGUGAGUGGCGGCGUGCCCUGGGACAGUAGAGAGACAUCCCUGGCUGCGUCCACAGCUGCCUCGCUGGCCUCUUCCUUGCCUCUACGGGAUGUAAUGGAUGCAAACGAAGACAUUAAGCCCAGAGACCAGAGCGACAGAGCCUCGAACGAGUCUAUGGGCAGCGGCUCAUCCUUUGAAGAGCUUGACAUGGAUCAGGAGGAGGAAGAGGAGAGGGAGGAGAAGGAAGAUGGAGAGGAGGGGGAGGGGGAGGAGGAGGUGCCCGAGGGUGGAGAUGGAGCUACAGUUGAACUAGUGGCCGAGAAGAAGCCCUUGGGGGAAGGAGAGGAGUAGGGAGGAUGCUGAAGAGAUAAGAGAUGGAGCCACGUAACACUGGCAUGCUAGAGAGUUUCUCAGUCGUUGCUCUUGCUGGUUAUCUGUCAUGUAAUCUUGUUGGUGGAUCUAAAGCUGCUCAUGCCAUGACCAACACGCCGUCUUUCUGCGCCUUCUAAUUCCUCUCUCUUUGAAGCCUGUACGUUUUUGUCAUACUGUAAUCUCAUUUUUAAAUAAAUCCUGAUCCUGUAUUUAAGCUCUGUCAGGACAGAACAACAGACAACCCCCCCCCCCCCAUAGGGUUACGUCUUAUUGAGUAGACCUAAUUAUCUCUGUGCGUGGUGUGCAGCAAACGAGAGGCAACAUUUGUUCGAUUCUGUGUUUUAUUUGAAACUGUAAAUGUACGUGAGUCACCACCAUUCAAGUGCAGAUUAUUAAGUCACACUUAGAGUUUAAGAUUGACAUCAAAUGAAAGACACUGGCUAUCCUGGAUAAUCAUACAAGCAUCUUUUUUUGUGUGACAGUUGGUAUUGUACCUGACUUUUCAAGGUCAUGUCCUGAUGGAUUCUUUGUCAUGUGUUUGUGUGCGUUACCUGACUUUUGGUGUCUUGAUAUACUGUAAUGAUGGGGUGAAAAUGUACGGGACCUAAUAUUGACAGACCUAUUUCAUUGUGUUGUGAUUUUUUUUUUUUUUUGUCACACUGGGGAUCUACUGAAGUCUGAGGCAGAGAAAAACAAACUUUCAUCAAUACCAGUAAAGAUUUGUCAUAGUAAAGUAACAUCACAGAAGCCUCUGAGUCACCAGGACUGGGAUUUAAAAUUGAAAGAUUUAGAACUGAAAAACUUUCCUUUAGAUACUGUACAGAGCAUUUAAUUGUCACUCUGCGCUUUAGUUUUUUUCAGCGUAACGUUCACUUCUAUAGUCGGUUUGUUAAACCACUGGACAGUUCUUUUGUAGCCAAAAUUCACUCACUUCCAGAGACUAGUUGUGAUAUUAUUCAUAGGUUGAAGUUGUUGGUGCUGUGAGACAUUGGAAAUGAUGUGCAGCACGUUGCCAUUGUUGUGACUUUCUGUCUGUAAUAAAACUUUCAAAUGAAAUGUUACGGUUGGCAGG